UCAUUGUAUUGGUGUCAAACGAGACGGACGAAUUUGGCGUGCGGCAAAGCAAGAGUUUUCGUUUCGUACGGAUCGGUUUUGGUACGAUAGCCAUCGCCCUCGCCCUCCUCCUUCUCCCCGUGCAGCUAUCUUUCUCGCGCAUACUCGUGCUUAGUUUGUGAAAAUUUCCACUUAAAAAACAACAACAGCGAUAGAAAAAAGUUUCAAUUAAAUAAAAAGUGCAAAAGAAGAAAAAAAGUAAAAGGAAUUGCAGUCAACGGAAAGAAAAGAAGGCCUGGAAUUUAAUGUUUUUCAACGGCAUAGAAAAAGGAUAAUCAAUUCUCAAUAAACAUAAUUCAUAAUUCUUAAUUGUGAAGUUAACAAGUAACAACGGCUUCCAAAUGAAGAUGGCAUCCCAACGAUUUUGUCUGCGAUGGAACAAUCAUCAGACCAACUUAUUGUCAGUCUUUGAUCAGUUGCUCCACGCAGAAACUUUUACAGAUGUGACGCUGGCCGUCGAAGGGCAAUACCUAAAGGCACACAAGAUGGUGCUAUCAGCCUGCAGUCCAUAUUUUAAUGCUCUAUUUAUGAAUCAUCCGGAAAAUCAUCCAAUCGUCAUAUUAAAAGAUGUUCCAUAUUCAGAUAUGAAAUCUCUGUUAGAUUUCAUGUAUCGCGGCGAGGUAUCGGUGGAUCAGGAACGAUUAACAGCUUUCCUGCGUGUGGCCGAGAGUCUACGCAUUAAGGGCCUCACCGAGGUCAACGAUGACAAACCUUCGCCAGCGGAAAGUGCGCCGGCACCACCGCAACUCCAGCGCAUUCAGCCGUACCUGGUGCCUCAGCAGCGUAAUCGCUCACAGGGCAAUUUGUUGGCCAAUAAUACAUCAGCACUGACAACAAAUAACCCCACAAUGGGGACACAUCAGCAGCAACAGCAGACAUCAUUGCUCAGCUCCGCCCUAAUGCCCAAACGUAAACGAGGACGGCCUCGCAAAUUGUCGGGCAGUUCAAAUGGCACAGGCAAUGAUUUUGAUGACUUUGAGCGUGAGGCCAGCGGAGCCAUGAUGCAUGAAUCCUCCGACAUGGGUAAUGGCAAAUUGGGCAAUGACUCCAACGACGAUGGUUCUGAUGAUAAUCAACUGGAAUCUGGCAAUAAUGACGAUCUGAAUGAAAGUCGCGACUCCUCGGUACCCUCAAAGCGAUCAAAGAAUGCCAAAGAUCAUCGAGCGAAUCAGCAACAACAGCAAGAGGACAACAGCACUUCCGCCACACCAGAAUUAUCACAACGACUUUUUGGCUCGACGACAACAACAACUAUUUCUGCAGAACCGGUUACUACAGUAAACUCCGAAAUGCAUGAAAAUGCCGGUGUCCAUUUGCCAACGAUACUUGGCCUUAAGAUACGCGCCAUUAAGACAACUCCUACACAACAGCUAGCAUUGCAACAGACAUCACCAACACCACAGCAGAGCAGCAAUUCUCUGCUUAAGCAGCAAUUGCGGAGUGGGGCCAAGGAUCCGGAACCAAUUACAAUCAGUAGCAAUAGCAGCACACCCACACCCACCACCAUGCUUAUUACGAAUACAACUCCUGGCAACGUGGUGACACCUGCUACCUUAACUUUAGAGGAGGAAAUUGUCAUUGAGACGAAACCCAGUCAGGAGGAGACAGCGGCUUUGAAUUCUUUGGCCAAUGCAGCUGAGCAUCAGGCAGCCUUAAAUGAUGCCAACAAUGGCGGCAAUAACAACAACAAUAAUAAUACUGGCAAUGGUCAAUUGCAUCAUCAACUUCUUAUGCAAAUGGCUGCCAAUUUCCAGCAUCAACAACAAGCCCAAUCGCCAACGGGUGGAGAACAAUUUCUAGACGAGGAGCUGGAACUUUUAGAUAAAUGUGAUGAGCCCACCACCGAUCAUGAGAUGCCCACACUGACUGAUGAGAAUGCAGGUCUGCCUGGUUAUCAGACAGAGCAGCCGCAGACCACCAACACCAGUGUGGAUGCCACUAUUGUAGAUGUUGUUGCCACGCCCAAAGCAAAGUCAACAGGCUCGUCCAAACGACCCAUACAACGUCGUCGAGUGCGUCGCAAGGCUCAGUCCACGCUGGACGAUCAGGCCGAACAUUUAACCGAAAUGUCAGUGCGGGGACUCGAUCUAUUUCGUUAUGCCAGCGUGGUGGAAGGUGUCUAUCGAUGCACUGAAUGCGCCAAGGAAAAUAUGCAAAAGACAUUUAAGAACAAGUACAGUUUCCAGCGUCAUGCUUUUCUAUAUCACGAGGGCAAACAUCGCAAGGUGUUUCCCUGUCCGGUGUGUUCCAAGGAGUUCUCACGGCCGGAUAAAAUGAAAAAUCAUCUGAAAAUGACGCAUGAGAAUUUUACGCCACCCAAAGAUUUGGGUUUCAAUCCUCUAAAGUAUUUAAUUACAGCUGCUGCAGCUGGUGAUAUGCAAGCAUCGCUACACUAUCAACAGCAGCAACAACAACAACAACAGCAGGAGCAAUACCACCUGCAAAUGGAGCAACAGCAGCAGCAUCAACAACACCAGGAGCAUCAGGAGCACCAGCAAUUAAGCGACUAUCAAGACAAUACUCUGCUAUUGCCCGAUGUUAAGCAGGAACAACACGAUGAACAGGAGGAUGAACAUGAGCCGGCUGCUGCAGCGGCGGCCAUGUUGAGUUUGUCAGAUGAUGUCAUAAUUAAGAAUGAGAUACAGAUCUCCCCAUCUCCGUCGCCAUCGCCACCCAGUCUAUGUGCGGUGACGGAGGGCAAGAGCCUGCCAUUGGCUACCGCCGCACAAACUGCAACGUAAAGACUCUCGCAUGAUUGUGAAACGCACAAAAAAAACUCUAGGACUGUAUAAAUACUUCAUCGAACUCACACACACACACAAAACUCUUAACUCAACAUAUUUGAAAUAGUGUUUAACCUUAAAUACUUAUAAUUAGUAGUUAAUUUUAUCUAGUUAAUUGUUUAAAUAAUUUACUUUUGAUAAGCAAUAAUAAGUUCCGUCCAGAAUAUCUAAAGCCUUAAUUAAGUAUUUAAAAUAUAAAAUACUAUAUAGACUAUAUAGAAAUGUAACUAGAUUUUAAUUUAUACAUUACGAUCACACCGAACUGUAACUUUCGCUUUAAUUUCUAAACUUGGCCACUUAAUGUUCGAUAUGGAUCUAACGAUCAAUUCAACUGGCUCUACUAUCUCGACUUUCUUUAUGAUUUUAUUUGUGAU